CGGAAGCGAGCACUGAAGCGAGCAAUCCGCUUGCGUUGACUUGUGGGUAAUGGCGACCGAAUUUUAAUUUAUGUCUAUUUACGCUUUUGUUGUUGUGUUGUGGUGAGACAUUUUAAUUGUGAAAAUUUGUUGUUUUUAUCAAGAAUAAACGGUGUAAUUAUGUAUUAGUUUGAAAUCCUGUCUUUCAUGUUGUCGGGCACGAAAUGUAGGAAGGAUAGCCUUAUUUUAAAGGGGUUUGCCGAAGCGAUUUCGCUUGCAACACCGAACUAUUUUGAUUGGAAAUGGACGGGCUUCGUUGUUACGGGCUACUACAAGAUAUUUCUAACAUGGAUUGUUUGUUCUCUACUGGAAUUAAAUUGAAGAAAAGAUGAUGACAAAUCGUAUGUUGCCUUUGGAAAUGUGAGUUUUAUAACAUUCUAUAUGUCGAUCUCAAUCCUUGCCCUAGUAAACGUUUUAUAAUCCCGCACGAUUUAAUGGAUUUUUACUGACGCAAAGCAAACAUGUAAAAAAUUAAGCCAAAAAGUUAUUAUAAAGUCGUGUGCAUUUCAUGAUCGUCUAUUCGAGUUAUUUAUGAACUAGUACGUACCAAAAAAUCAUGGCUUUAUACUCUAUUUGAAUGGUACUACUUCACAGUCUUUACUACUUGAAGUAAAAAGCCAAAUUUAUAUAUGUGAUUCGCUGAAUAUGCAACAGUAUAAAAGCCAACAUAAUCCCAACUUUAAUUCCAUCGUAUUAUUAUUAGUUCCGUGAGUUUAGAUUGUUUGCAGAUCUGUAGUACAGGUUUUUAAAUUGUGUAUAUACGGACCUAGCUCUAGGACAAGUUAAUACAAUGAAGAAUACAAUAGUCCUCUUGAAUUUGCUGUCACAAUUUCUAAAUUAGCUUUUGUUUGAAAAUGUCUGGGGGGGGGCUGUUUAAGACCCAUUUACACUAUACAACUGGCUGUAUACGAUUUUCAUCCUGCCGAAUGUACUCUGUCACAUUUCGAAUUUUGCCAUAAACUGAUGAACCUGAAUAGUGGUGUUGGCAGUCAUUUUCGUACCCCAGAAUCCCAGUUGUAUACAAGUAGUUAUAAUGUGUAAAUGGGCCUUCACAUAUAAGUGGAAGUAUGGCUAGCCUAACGUGAAAAUUUACCAGAUCUUUGCCAGGAUAAUGUUGUUGUGUAACAUUGUUGUGACAGUUGCUAACAAUAGCACACAGUGCCAUCUUGAUGACCUUAAUAGGUCAACCUGGCUGGUAACUGUGUUCUCAUCUGUUUCAAGGGAGAUCUCUGCAACCAGGCCAGUCAGGUUCUCCAUAUAAGCACAGCACUCUCCCCUUAUCGAGUAAAAUCAUCUGGCAUUAGGCAGAGUAAAAUAAUAAAGCAGGCACAUGUACAUGCUACUGUAACCCAUUGAAUGCCAGCGCUCUCCCCUUGAUGAGUAAAUUUGUCUGGCAUUAUACAGGUAAAAUAAUAAAAUAAGGCACAUGCAGGCAUAAUGCUACUCAAUGGGUUAAGAAUAACUACACAGUGACUUGCUGAGUCAAAUGCUUGAAUAUAUUUAUGCACCUAGUCAUUAUUUUACAGCGAAAUUUGAAAUGUGAAAUCUUUAUGUAUGUUGAUAUCAUUAGAGUAGCCUACUGUAUGUCAUAGACCCAAGCUUAAAAAUGAAAGGUGUUGUAGUAAUAACUUGCGUUGUGAUGGGCAUUGCUGUCUUGAAUGCAUUUGUGAUUAUGAACACGAAGCUUUCAUGAGUCUAGGAUGUAGCUUACUGCAUGAUAGAAUCAAAUACAUCAUCAAAGAGAUAUAAGAGCCUUAAGUUUCAUUGCUUAUGGCAAAACUGGUCAAUUUUAUUUUCAGCCGAGGAUUUUCGCGAGGCAAUGGAGAGCUGUUACGACCACUUCCGGAGAAAGCUGAGGAGCCUUUGGCACUGUCAUAUGUUGAAACAGUCAAGGAGGCUCUUAGCAGUUUGUGUUUAUCAGAGGAUGAUAGCAGUUGCUCUACUCCAGUGAACCAAACACAUCGUACAGAUAUUUCAGUGAGCAGUUUGCCGUCUGAGUCAAGUCAUGCUUGGUCAACAACAACUGGAACUUUAACUGGAAGAAGUAGUGUUUAUUCUUGGGGGAAUGAUAACGUGAGUGCAACAGUUCGGUUAAAAAUUUUGGUGAUUUUCUUGUGUAAAAAAUAUAUGUAUUAUUAACCCAUUAAGCUGCAGAGCUUUCCCAUUGACGAGUAAAAUCGUGUGGCAUUAGACAACUAAAAAAGAUAAGUAGGGCGCACUGAGGCACAUUGCGGCUCAAUGGGUCAACUAGAGACACUGUCAGAUUUUUUAAUUGUCUGGUGUUAGACAAGUAAAAAAAAAAGUAGGGCGCACUGGAGCACAUUGCGGCUCGAUGUAUUUAAUAUCCAAGUUUUGCCAUGUAAACUAAUUGUAAAGCAACAAGAAAUGUGAAAUAUAAAACAACGGUAACUCUGAAAAUAAAAUUUGAAUAUUCUAGCUUUUGACUAAGAUUCAGUCAUCAUUAUUUCCUAAUGUUGACUAAAUCUUUUAGUCGAAAGCUAGAAUUUAUAUUAAAAUGUUUAUGUUCAGAGUUACCAUUGUUUUAUAUUCUAUUAAAAUACUCAGUGGUUCCCAUAAUUUUUCAGAAAUGUAAGACAUCCAUUUGUUUCUGUUUAGGAUUUUGAUCGGAAGGCUGCAGCGUCUGUGCAAAGAAUGUUUGAGGAGAUUGAAAACGUGCUGUACGAGGGCAAGCAUUUUGACGGUAAGUGUAAAAUGAACAGAAUUUUGAAUAAAUCAAAUUCCUUUGAAUGCGGUUCAGGAAAAUGCUUUUCAUUAACUUAUUAACUUAUUAAACAGUUAACUUGGUGCCAGUGUGGGUAGAGAUGAUAACAAAAAUAUGUGAAGGAAUGGAUAUACUGUACAACUACAGUACCAAAAAAUUUUUGAAACAUCAAAGUACUACUUUGAAACUUAUUUUUCACAUAGUUGUGUAUCCAUCACACUGCAGCGUUUUAUUACCUUACCUACUACUGUAUAUCAAAUGGAAAUUAAAUUAUGGAGGUUGGCAAUUGCAAUGCAAAAUUAUUAAAGUACUGUAAUGUGAUGUAAUCAAUGGCAUAAACAUGUUAAUAUCAUUUUGUCAAUUUUUUAGGAGGGCAGCCUUUGAUGUCUGAAUGUGAGGAGUGGUGUGGUCGAUUUCCUCAUUUGAGGUAGUGUUGUGUUCCUGUCAUAUUUAAUAAGGGAAUUGCCUUGGGUACCAGUAUCAAUACUUCACUAACGACCUUUGCUCAAAGCGUCAAAGUUUUACUUGUAUUUGUCAGUUCAAUCCUUCUCAAUCUGCAGCUUUCUUUGUCAAAACUUGUACAAAAUUAUCUACUCAUUUAAAGGUGAUCUACAGUCCGUAUGUAAACAAAGCCUUUGUUUACAUUUUUGUGUCCAAAAUAUUGAGCUUUAUUCGACAACUAUUUAUAUUUUCAAGCUUCUAGAGUAUAAUAAAUAAUCAAGAAACAACAAUCGGGCUUUUCAAGAACUCAAACAUAGUUAAACUGUUUGUAUCAUAAAAAGUGGGCUCAUUUGUGCACAUGCGCAGAUCGGACUGUAGAUCACCUUUAAGUUUCAACAUUUUUACUCUAUCUAAAAAUGCCAGAUAAUUUUUCUGGUCAAAGCGGAGGGUGCUGGCCUCAAUGGGUUCAAUAUUGUACUGUACAAAAAUGGCCUCAAAUUUUGGAUUCCAAUGUUUAUGAAAAAAAUUCUUAACAAUUCCUCAGGAUCCGAGGUGUUCAGAUCUUGCCACCAAGUGAGAGUGGAACAGAGUUUGUAGCUUUGGAAGAUGAUGAUCCAAGAGUAUAUGAUUACAGACCUAAGACGACUGUGGUUGAUAUGGAAUCCGAGGAUCUAGCAGGAUAUAUGCAGGAUUUUCAUGGGUAAAUAAACCUAAAGUAAUGUUCAAUAUACUAGAUAGCUCUAUCAGCCCUAAACUGUUCUUCCUACAGUUGAUGUCCAGGAAGAUCAAUCCUUUCUGAUCCAGUAUUACCAUAGGGGGAAACGUAAACUAUACAGUACUAACUUUAUUUGUUCUGGAUAGAUCUGUUCUCUCUUGAGAUCCAGUAAUUCAAAUCUUUUACAGUUUUGCUUGUCAAGGGAAGAGUGCCAUCAAUCAUUGGGUUAACAAAUGCCAUUAUUUUCUAGACUUGCAAUACGGGGCAAUCGUGUUGAACCAGCAUUGAGGGAGAGUGAGUUUUCACCGACAGGUAAAUAAGUAUUGUUUGAAUUUUAUCAAAGAUAUACAAUAUAAGAUAAAAAUGAUAGUAAUUAAAAUUGAAUAAUCAGGUUGGCCUUAUAUCUUUGAAAUUGUUCACCAGUGAGAAACAUUGUAUUGUAGCCAAUAAUUUAGAUAGUAGUGAUUUUUUGAGUUCCUAUUUGCACUGAAUGUUAAGAGGGUAAUGUUGAAAGUAGCAUUAAAAGUCAAAAGGGUGAUAUACUAAACCAGUUUUAUUAUGAAUUUUUCAAAUUUAGAAUUUGAGGAAGAAAUUUUUGCUGAAGAUGGUUUUGUUGAGGAGUAUUUGGCAUAUGACAGCUCAACAAGGUAGGAAAAUGUCUUGCAUACUAGUGAGUUUCAGUCUCAGAACUGUUAUAUACAUUGAUUCUAUACAUAUGCUGUAUGUAUGAACAAGCAAAUUAAAUUUCAAGGGCCUAGGUCCAAGUUGAAACCCCCUAUAAAUUGAUGUUUAUCAUCUGAUAAAUAUGAGAUAUAUAAUGAUCUUUCUUGGAUCUAUUGUGUUGCAGUUCUGAGGAUUUUAAAAGGAAGGGUGCAGCAAACAACCGUCAACACAUGGGAUAUCCGCCAGUCACUCCUAAUGCUGUUGCCACAGAUACAAUCCUUAGUCAAAUAUUUGAUCAACUGUGGGGAGAGGUGGGUUUAAUAGAGGCAUAUUUUGGUUCUACAGUAUUCAAAGUAGACAUUGAUUCUCUGUCGUCAUUUACAACAUGUUGCACAGAUAUUAUCGGCUAUCGCAGAAAGUUAAAACUGACGUUUAUUCAUCUUUCUCUAGCAUAACUGAGGCUAUAGGUGUAGAGUGAAGAUUGGAAAACUCAAGUCUGUUUUUAUGCUUAAAAAGAAUUUAAUAUUUUCAUAGAUUAUACUUUGGCUAAGAAAUCUGUUGAAUCUCUACAUGAAAAAUAUUUUACUAGGUAGGUUUUACAGUUUUAUUUUUUCCAGGAGUCAAACUGGACGCACUCUUCUUUCAUGUGGACUGAGGUGAAAUUAUAAUCUGACAAACGAAACCGAACCUCCGUCACAGAUACUGAAAAGCAUAUGCAUUGUACCACAAACUUCUAAUUUAAUUAGGUUCUCACACACUUAAUGUAACAUAGGGGGUCUAUCUGAGAAGCAGCCGUUCAUGCCAGAGUUGCUGAAAGAAGUUGAAAGUAUAGAUUCAAGACCAGUGUCUAGGGAUCCUUUUGCUCACACUUAUCAAGUAAGUAAAAGCUCCAUUUUACUGUAGCAUACCACCAUUGAUGUAAAAUGAAUAACGGAAAAAAGAAUACUCGUGCUGCACACUUGCAUUUUAAAUGUGAUAAAACACUCAUACACAUGUUUUAAAUAGUACUUAAAAUUACAUUUCUUUUUUAAGGUUCGACUAAGAUCUGGUAUUAAACCCUCGGAUGUGAAUGGACUGAAUGACCUAAUCACAAUACGAUCACUGCCUCUGAAACAGAGAACAGCUAUUUAGUAAGUCGACAAAUAUUACCAUUCAUUUGCAUAGAUAUUUGAUAUUAAACCAAAAUAAAAUAAACAUUUAGUAGCUCUGUCAGUUCUGCCUCUUGAGCUAUUCUCUAUAGAUUUCUAUGGAGGUACAUGUAGCUCCAAUCACUGGCACUUUCCUCGGUUUUCUCACCAAGGCAAAUGCUGCUCAAGAUCAGGAGAUCUCACAAAACCACAUCCGGGUAGCAGGAGGGUGCAGACCCAGAGGGAAAGUUGCCAUGUUUGCUAGAGUCUAAUCGGAAGCAGUCGUCUUGUAUGAUUCAGCCAUCCACACAUGCUGAAAAGAUGGAAAAUAUACAAUACUGUAGCUCAACCAGCUUACAAUAAAUAGAAAGCUAUUCAAUAUUCUAAAGUGUUUCUGUUUUAAUUUAUUUUUACAGUAGUGAAAGCCGAGAAGGGACACCAGUUUGUCAGGUAUUAAAUUUAUUUAAGUAUCGAAAUCCUUUCUAAAAUGGUUAACAAACAGUAGAACCUUUAAUUUUAUUGAAUGUUUUCCCACUAGACUCGGCCGGGUUCCAGCAGUGCUAUAAUGUCUCGAAAUUCCAUGGGCAGAAUAUUGAGCUGGAGAAAUUCUGAUCACCACAUUAACCCUAGAAUGUCUUCAGCCAGAACACUUAAAAGGUAUUUUUUACAAUUUAUAUUGCCGAAUCUUUUUAGGCGUCCAUGGUUUGUCUCUGAACAUAUAUUUUGGAGCAUUUUAAACCACAACCUUUUUUAAAAAAAAUGACAGAAUCGUGUUGAAAAACAAUUCAUUUGCUGGCAAUCAACAUGCUGUGUUUUUAAAAUUCUGUUUAGAAACCCAUCGUUGCGACUUCAGCCUAUUGAUCGAUCAAAAACCCCUGCAUUUCAGGUAAGUGUUGGUGAUGAGGGAGAAAAAGAAGGAUGGCAUGCCUGUAGAUUUUAUUUUUGUGGAUGUAGGCAAUGCUCAAAUGUGGCUUAGUCUAUGUCGGUGGAGAAGCUAGCCACAAAAAGAGGUCUUGCUAUGCAAAUUUUUAAUGAUUUGCAUUAUUCAAACGUUAGAAAUGUUUGGUCUUUAACCUACUUAGAUGCAGAUUUAUUGGCAUAGUAUGAACAGCCAUACCAUGGCUGGCUGCCCCACUGGUAUAUGCCAUUAACUUCAGUCUAAAGCCCUGUUUAAACGGAUCCAACAUUGUUGGGCCAACAUCAUCCAACAUUGUUGAAAUAAUGGUCCAAACGGCUUCUUUUUCAAAUAUUUUUGUUAAGACUAGGUUUAGAGUUUGAGUAAAGCUUAUCUAACCAAAAAGAUAUGAAAGAGAAGCAGUCACAUCUAUUAUAGUAACAUUGUUGGAUGAUGUUGUUCCAACCAUGUUGGAUCCGUUUAAAACAGGCCUUAAGAUACCUAGGCUGCACAUGAUUUUUUGAAGUUGUUAGCCAGUAACUGUAGGUUUUGAAAGGUAGCUCACAAGGUUUUUGUAGUUGGACUGUCACUCUUGGAUUCUUAAUUCAACUAAGUUUUGCAUUUGGAGUUGGCCCUUUACGGAGGUAGCGUCACUCAAUGGCUCCCUAACAUCUGCAUCCAUUGAAUGGAUGGAUCAAAGAAGGCCGGGCUAGAGCAACGAAUGAAAAAACGAAGGAAUGAAGGACGAAGGUUGGAUUCAUGGAAGGAGACAGAGAGGAAGAAAAGAACGAAAGAAAGAAGGAGGAAUGGAUAGGUGGAAUUGAGGGGGAAAGGAAGUUUAGUUAGUAAGAAAGGAAAGAAUGGAGGAAGUACGACAAGGCGAACAGAAGGAAGAUAAAGUAAUAUUUUAUUAUUUGUUGCCACCAGGAAAGUGACGUAAUUGGUGAAGGUGUUCGCGGAACCAAACUGUAAGUACACUCUACACAUUCGAUUAAUUUCAAAGAAUAUUAUAAUUUGCUAUGCUUUAUAUUUCAUCUCUAUACAAAAGUGCCUUAAUAUUUUUACAAACAUCUGUACAGAAGUUUUGAUUAAUUUAUUUACAUAGUUCUUUAGGUGUAUUUAUUUAAAGUUCUUACUAGUUUUUUUUUUUAAAUUUUUAGUGUUCCUGGAAGUGAACCUUCUCCAAACCCAACCUCAACAUCACCCCAACUUUGGGGUGCACGAAAUGGCACUUUGCCACCGAUUGAUAAAUCAGAAUAUUUGGAAACUCGGCCACGUGGAAGCGCUGUAAGUCUUAGAAAGAUAUCUAAUUAGAUCUCUGUACACUUGUGCUGACUGCCUUUCUGGACGACUUUCAAAUUCUAUCCAAACUUUCUGACAAUAAAUUCCGUUCAAAAUUUCCAUUUGCAAAAACUCUUCAACUAUUCUGUUGAUCGAGUUUAUUUAUUUGAAUUCGGAUUUUGAUUUAUUAAAACCCCAGGAUUAAAUCCCAAAGGUAUAAAUUUCUUUAAAUUACAUUAGCUUUGUAUAAUCCUGGAGUUUUAAGAGAAUUCUGAAUUUGAAAUUCUGAACAAAAGAUGGAAGGUUUGUGAGAAAAAUUAAAUUGAUGUAUUUUAUUUUAGAAAACAAAAGUUCAGUUUAAUUUACGAGCAGCGAGUGCUGCAACCGACGACUCACGGUAUUAUAAUGUUCAAUUCGUCGUUUUAAUUGCUUUGUUCAUGUUAUUCCAUGAUCAAUGAUGUUUUGGUUUUGAAUUUUGUAUAGAAAAUCUCUCAAAGAAAAAGGGACAUCGCUAAUAGACUCCAGACCGAAUACAACACAUUCAUUCCGAGUAAGUUGCCUAUGGCCUGAAGCAAUCUUAGUCGUCCUUGUCCUGUAGAUUUCAUUUUUCCUGAGGUAGCCAAUCUUACAGUUAACCUAGGCUGCAUAUUUGUACAAAAGUAGAUUGGACUCCAUAAUUUACCAGCUUCUGGAGUCGUGAAUAUGGCUUGAGUAGCCGUUAAGUUGAUUUUUAUUUUGUCACAUUAGGGCCAUUUAUACGUGACAAAAUAAGUCGCGACUUACAUAAGACGCGACUUAAAUAAGUGGAGUUAUCGCAUAAAUGGUUCUCUACGGCUUUGGUCUUAUUUAUUUGCUAUAGCUAUAAUGUUGUUGUUGUUUUUGUUUUAAUGUGCAAGGCAUUAAAUUUUACGUUGUUUCAAGUUUCUGGCAUGUGUAGUUAGACUUUUUGUCCAAAAUUUCUUAUUUAAGACGCGACUUAAAUAAGAACAGCUAAAAGACCUGUUCUUAUGUAAGACGCGUCUUAUCCAAGACGCGUCUUACAUAAGAAUUUUGUACCUUUUAUACGACAAACUCGCGUCUUACUUAAGUCGCGUCUUAUGUAAGUCGCGUCUUAUUUUGUUCCGUAUAAAUGGCCCUAUUGUGCCAGUAUGCUCAUAAACUUUAGAAGGCUUAACUGUGCCAAUUUAUGUACUUUUGCAGCCACCAGAAAGCUCGCCAACCCGCAGACAUUCCACACCAAUGGGUACGGUCAGCGGUCCUACCAGUCAACUUCGCCCUGCGGGCUCAUUCGGGUACAGCGGUCAAAGCAUGGUCACGGGGAUAACUGGGGUUAGCAUGCCUAUAUCCAACUAUCAUCCCUCAACUGAACAUGGUAUCCAAGGUCAUCAACAGUUGUACUAUCACAUGGAAGACAGCUCCUUGGCUGAAGAGACAGACGAUUUCGAUGAAACACUUCAUUGGGGUUAGUUAGUUAUACUGGAUAGAUAGGAUGAAGUCUUCCAGGGUUACUACUGGAGGAAACCUAAAUUAAAAUUACUUUAUUUACACUGGAUGAGUCUAUCAGUUCUUAAUUGUUUUCCCUAGAGAUUCAGUAAGGGUCAUCUAUUGUUGAUCCAGUGUUACUGCAGGAGGAAACCUAAACUGUGAACUAACUUUAUUUAUACACUCACUAUUUGUUGAUAUACCAACAUCUAUUUUUAUUAGGUUAUUAUCAGCCACCCAGCACAAGUAACGCCCGAAAAGGACGUCAUUACAGUUCAAUAAGGUAACACAUAGAGAAAGUCUCUCCUUUCUACCUAAAACUAAUCAAUGGUCAAUUUCAUGGACGAACGUUUGUCCACGCUACACCAAGUACCCACGAAAAUAACGCCCGCGGUAUCGGUGGUUAAACAAUACGGUGGUAUUACAUCAAGUAUGUUCGCCGAUAUUACCCGCUGACAACAUCAAUGGCGUUUCUAGUGAGAAAAAUUACUGAAAAUGGAAAAAUGUAAUCGGUCUGACGAUGCUAAUGCGGGCAUCAGUAGUCUGCGACAAUGCUCCAGUGUUACACCAAAUGUCUAUACAAUAGAGUACGCUGACCAAGCUAAGGCGGGCGUUAAUCGUAUGAAACAAUCCUUCAGUAUUACACAAAGUUCUGGGAAAAUGGAUCCCGUUGAGCAAGACAAUGCGUGCAUCAAUUAUCUGAAUAUCUGCACAUAAGUUCUGGGAAGCGUUCGUGUAGUAAUCUGAAAGAAAGAUGACUUAAAACUAAUAUUAUAUGCCUUAGGAAGACGAAUAUUACACCAAGUAGCGGUGCAUUCCUACCCAAUGACCAGCCUAACGCAGGCUACGGUCAUUUGGAGUCCGAUAAAACUAUAAAAGACAUAUACAUUUGUAUAAAAAUCUUAAAAGUGUGCGUUAAUCGAGGAGAUAGUCUAACAAGAAAUAUUAGCGACCUUUAGAGGACUACAGAAGAUAUUUUAAAGACUAAAGGUGGAGUAAUACGAGUAACAAAAUCGGUGCAAAUUUGCAACAAAAACUGAUUUCAAUGCAUGUUAAUUAAAAAUGUUCACAGAUAAAUAACCAAACAUGAGACGACAUUUGUAAACAUCUCAAACUAACAGGCAUUGGAAUUUUGUUGCAAAUGGAAGCAAUUUUGUUACUUCUAUCACAUUGCCUUAAACAUUGUUAUAGUGGCCUUGAAUACAAAGAAAUACAACAUAAAAUUAAGUUUGACAGCAAACAAAAAUGCGUCAACAGAUCCGCCAUUAUGAAGCUAUAAUGACAAUUUAUAUUUAUGAGAGCCCACGAUGUGUUUGCGCUUAUUUUAAGUUGGAUUCCAGAAGGUUGUAUCCAUAGAAAAAUAUCAUAUGAAACAAUAUCAUAUUUUGAACCAAUGUACAUAUGUAUAAUCAUAUAGACGCAAAAUAGGCAUGUAAUUAAAAUUCAUAGUUUUUAUUUAUAAAAAAAAUUGGUUUGCGCACAAUUUCAGCGAAACGCUUUAUAUAUUGUUUAUAUAUAUGUAUACAGUUCUAUAGUGUGUAGUGCUAAAUAUAGACAAAUUCGUAACUUUGACAGCGGCACUUCACAUCCGCAUUUCUGCGUUGGAAUAAAUUAGCCUUUCUCGCGAUGACGAAUAUCCGCCAUUUUUGGGUGGCAUCUAAUUCUCGUUAACCAAUGCAGACAAUUAAAACAAUGUGAAAAGCAAUUUUUCAAAAUAAACUAACCAUUUACAAAGCAAAUUUACCAUCAUUUGUCAAAAAAUUAUAAAAAGUCACUGUUAUGUGGACCACUUCGGCUGAAAUGCCACCCAAACAUGGCGGCGUGAGAAAGGCUGAUUGCAGUUGAUUCAUAACACGUAUGCAGCUCAGAUUGGAAGCAUUAAAUAUAGCCACCUGCAUAUCAAAGUAUUCAACUGUUCAAUCAAUGCCAACGUUAGACGUUUCUCUUGCGGACAGGUGGAAUAAUACUUCAGGUAUUCCUCAUAUAUCCUUCAUUUAGCCUGAUUUGGCCUGAUUUCGAACAAAUCCGUCGAGGUCUUUCGGUGGAUUCAGCAUGUGUGCAGCUAUUCAAGGGAUCUGCCGUUAUUUUUCCAAGAAAUCUAUCCAGUAAAUAACAUUAAAUAUUAUAAAUGCUACCGGAAACAACACUCGAGAAAUCAUGUCAAUAACAUUGUCAUGUGUGACGAUUUUAUGUAUUGGGGAAGCGCGGUUCCGGAGGCUUGAGGGGAGUUUUGUUUGCCCCCUCGGUUUGACAACGUGACUGUAAAGUAGCGAGGAGGACCUGGCCGAAUCCGCCCGCGUUAAUUUUGGUCUGUUCUGGCCGUUUAAAGAAGCAUGCCCAUUGCAUUCAUAGCGUGGCGGUGGCUUUUCUUGGAAGGAAAUGAGUUUCCCGCUCUGGUUGACUUGAAUUGUUAAUGGAGGUUUUUCGUCUUCCUGCAAGAGAAUGAUAAAAUUUUGAUGAAACAAGUAUGAUAAGGUAUGGAAAUCUAACAAAAUGAUUUGAAUGAAAGUCAUGCAGAAGAAGAUGUGAAGAGAUCGGAAGAAGAUGUGACUUGGUAGACAUUGCAGAGAAGGUGAGGGAAGCAAAGCUGAGAAGGUAUGGACAUGUAAUAAGAAGAGAUGAAGGAAAGCUGGCCAGAGACAUUAUGGAAUGAAGAGAUCAGAAGAUGUGUGGUAGUUAGACAUUGCAGAGAAGGUGAGAGAAGCAAGGUUGAGAUGAUAUGGUCAUGUAAUAACAAGAGAUGAAGGAAAGCUGGCCAGAGACAUGGAAUAAAGAGAUCAGAAGAAGAUGUGUGGUGGUAGAUAUUGCAGAGAAGGUGGGAGAAGCAAGGUUGAGAUGGUAUGGACGUGUAAUAAGAAGAUAUGAAGGAGAGCUAGUCAGAGACAUUAUGGAAUGAAGAGAUCAGAAGAUGUGUGGUGGUAGACAUUGCAGAUAAGGUGGGAGAAGCAAGGUUGAGAUGGUAUGGACAUGUAACAAAAAGAGAUGAAUGAGAGCCAGUCAGAGACAUUAUAGAAUGAAGAGAUCAGAAGAUGUGUGGUGGUAGACAUCGCAGAGAAGGCGAGGGAAGCGAGGCUGUAAUGGUAUGGAUACGUAAUAAGAAUAUACAUAACUUACAGAUAAAUUAUCCGAAAGUCGGUUUUGAUUUUUCCGAUCAUUUGAAGCUCUUCUACUCUGUGAAAACCUGAUUGCAACGACGUACUCCAAACUUGUGAGAAAAAUAAACCCGAAACAAACCAACACAAAGUUGUCGAUCGAUUUAAGAUACGUCACCCUUGGUAAAUUAUUGUUCACACUGGCCAGCAUAUAUACCAUAGUUAGAACGGUGGUUAUACCAAGGCCUGUUCUGGCUGGUACCGCUUUGUGGUCAAUCCAGAAUCCAAUCCAGGAUAGCACUGUGAUACAGAUACAUGGUACAUAAACUUGGUAGACAUAGUAGAUCCAUCGUCUUUGGAAUGUAAACGUUACUGUCAGGCCAGAAAAUUGAGCUGAAAAAGAGAUGGACAUGGUUUUUUUCAGGAUUUUUUCCUUGGUCCUUUUUCGCAGAGACAUUGGGAGCUUAAGCAAACUACGUUUUUGUCAACACGGACGUCAGAUUGGCGAGGGGGACUGGAUUAAAAGUUGUGUUUGUGCCAGUUUGUGGUAAUCUUCAACACAUAUGACAAAAGCUAAGAUUUUAAAGUUUUUUGCUUCCUUGCACAAGCGCUAUGCAGCAAAAUGCCGCCAAAAUUAGUUAUACUAAUUUUCGGAUGACGUCCUGUUGACAAAAACGUCGCUUGUUUAAGCUCACUAUUGAGUUUACGUAAACAGCUGGGGAUUUGGGGCGAUUGUACCUCCGUGUAGACUCCAUUGAACUAUAAAUAAACUGGAAGGCUAACUCAGGGGAGGGGAUUGAAGCCAGUGCAUUUUAGUUUUUCUGAGUUAUGAGCAGAAAUACUCAACACUGAACGUUGGGCUGUAUAUCAAAUUGAAGCUAUUGAAAAACGCUAUUUGGUGUAGAAAUUUCAAGACUUUAGCUAAAAGGGAGACAUUGAAAAACUACAAACAUAAUUACCGAUAAUUUGCCGUUUUGUAGUUGUUUUUGUAUUUUUUAAAUAUUUUUCUUUUCGCUGAAGUCUUGAAAUUUCCACACCGAAUAGCAAUUUUCAAUAGCUUCAAUUUGAUAUAUAGCCCGACGUUUGGGGUCAAGUAUUUCCGCUCAUAACUCAGAAAAACUAUUUUGGCUUCAUCAAAUCAUAAGCCUUCAUCAUAGCAGUUAGCCUUCCAGUUUAUUUAUAGUUCAAUGGUAGACUCUGGAAGCUUCACGAAUUCAAUAAAUUAUUGUAGAAUAACGGUAAGCGCUCACUUUUAUUGAUUUCUUUUUAUUAAAAGUGUUAACAUAACAUUUUAUUUUGCAAAAGUUUGUUUUUUUCCCCUAUCUACUCCUUAUUGAAAUCGUGAAAAGCACUGGCUGGAGUUUCAGAUACUCAUAUAUAAAACAACAAAGCAGCGAAUGAUAUAAAUUCCUCAAAAUAUAACUCUUGCAUAAAAAAUAGAAUUUGCAUAAAAUAUAUAUAUAUAUAUAUAUAUAUAUAUAUAUAUAUAUAUAUAUAUAUAUAUAUAUAUAUAUUAAAAAACUCAUUAAUAAUUCAGGAGCAAAACACAAAGAAAAAUCAUAAGCGUGUCGUGGUUAUAUAUGUGAUAUAAAAUCAUGUUAAUUUACAUAAACUUUAGCUUUGAUUUUCUCGGUUUAGACAAAGUUUAUUUUAAAAAUUACUUCGCCAAUGAACUCGUAUAAGCUGAGUCGUUUUUAAGCCAUUUAAAGCACUUGUAGUCGUGUUUUAUCACAUAUAAAACACUCCGCUACGCCUCGUGUUUUAUAUGUGAUAAAACAAUCCUGCGCGUGCUUUAUAUAUAUAUAUAUAUAUAUAUAUAUAUAUAUAUAUAUAUAUAUAUAUAUAUAUAUAUAUAUAUAUAUAUAUAUAUAUAUAUAUAUAUAUAUAUAUUUAGACGCGCAGCUAGAAUUUUACCCGGACUUAAUACAGUCUGUAUACACAGGCUAAGGUGAACAGACUCUCAACGUACGUGAAUGAUAUUUUGGGUGUUUCAGAUGUCUUUCUGUUUUCGUUAUGGUAAACUGAGCCAUCUCUCCAUCAAAGAUAAAAAUUGUCUUAUUGGUUCGCCACUUGUAUAUGAGUUCAAAUUCCUCGUACGUAUCUAUAAUUAAGCAAAACAAAUGUUUUACGGCAUGCCUGUACAUUUUAUUUUUGUUGAGGUAGCCUCGCUUCCUGCCAGAGAGCCUAUGUAUGUGGCUGUAUUUUUCGCAGCUGCACACGUAAAAAUCUCACAACUUAAUUGUCAGCAAGAUGUGCUCGCAACAGGCUUGUGGCCACCUUGUCAACAAGUUGUAACAAUGUUGUUGCUUUAUCAAGUUGCUACAAGUUUGUCACUUGCGAUUUGUUAUCAAGUUGUUGAAUUGUUGGAACAAGGGAACAAGCAUGUUCGAAUACAUGCAUCCUGUUGACAAGUUGUUGCAACAGCAUUGCUACAAGUCUGCUGCAGGUUUGUUACAAUUAACUUGUGUGUUUUUUCGGCCGCCUCUGCCCACUGGUUUUGAAUUAGAACAGGAAGAAAAAAGGUAACAUAUGUCUGUCAACAAAAAAUCUACUUACAGCUUUCAAAUGGUAGACUGCAUUCUUGUGUGUCUUUUGGGUAGUUUCUUAAAUUCAAUUUGCAAGAUGAUGUCACCCUAAGCCUUGAAAAGAAAAGAACAAAGUCAAAGUGAAGAAAAUUUAAAUGUUCC